AUGCCUUCCUAUACUGAUGAGCUUGCAAGAUUUUUGGCUACCACUGGUCCACCGGUACAAUCACCCAUGCUAUCUUCUCCUUCACGCCACCGACAAUUACUUUCUCGUCUUCGUACACCAGGCAAUAAAAGGAAACAGGUGUCACCUUUGACCGAAGCAUCAUCCAAGCAUAUCCCUCUACCGGUGUAUUAUGAUCCAACGGUACCAUUAUCAGUGCCACCCAAGUCUCCUUUGCCACAAACACCGGUUGAACCACGACGUCGAUCAUGUCCUGAACGCACCAAUCGUUACUAUGAUAUUGUCGAUGUUCAAGAAAGAAAAGAUGUUGAGCAAGUCAAAACGCGAGCUUCUGAUAACAACAACAACAUUACAAAGAACCCAUCCCUUUCAUCAUCCUUGGCUCACAUCGCAUUUCCCAAACCACCCAACACGAUGCCAUGUCCCUUUUGUGCUCGUUUGCGUACUACUGAUGCUGAUCAAGCAAUGGAACAUGAAAUUUCCUCGUCUCAAGAAGCAACACCAGCCAAAAGGAAAAGACGGCUGUCAUGUCCUGCUGCCAUCAAGUACAAACCACAAACUCCUCCUAUACAACAAAACCUCUCAAGUCAAGAAGCCAAGGCAUUGUUUGGAUUGAUUGAGCAAUUACAAUCGCAGCUGGUUCAGGAACAAGCUUCCAGAAAGGCGUUGGAAGAAGUGCUAGUGAUGACACGUCGCUCCAGUACGACCGCUAAUAUGAUGCCAUUUCCCCCUUGA